AUGGCGACCAAGUUGCGCGAAACAGAACGCGAACUUGAACGCCAAAGGUCAUCCGAGGUCGAGGUUAAUCAGCUGAGAGCAGAGAAGGACCGUUUAGAAAUGAAAAUCCGUUAUCUUAAUGAUGAACUCCGUGAAACUCAUAACGAUUAUCGAGCUGAAUUAGCCCAGCUGGCGCGGCAGAUUAGCGAAACUAAACACAAGGAUGUUACUGAUAACGAGAGCUAUGUAAAGAAGAUCGACGAAUUGAAUACGAAGCUGGCUCAAAUGGAGAGCACAUCUCGCAGCUUAAAGCGGCAGUUGGAGGAACUGAAGCUGGAUAAUGAGAAAUUGCAGGAACAGGUUUCUGCUGGUGCCACACGUGAAUUAGAAGUCGCCAACGACAACAAAAAGUUGCGCAGUGGAUUGGCGGAAGCAGUGGGGAAGAUUGAGCGUUAUAAGAAUGAAGCUGAACAUUCCAAGGAAAUGUGUCAGGAGAUGGCGGAGCAAGCUCGGCGUCAACGAAGAGCGAAUUGUGAGGAAAAGCUUAGUAAAUUAGAAGAUGAGAUUAUGAACUUAGAGGAGACGUUGAGAGAGAAAGAAAAACUCGAGGCGUAUCUGCAAUCACAAGUGAAAGCAAAAGACAUGCCGAAAUUGAGUAGACGCAGCACUCUGCUGCGAACGCCAUCUGAAAGCUCUGUGGAGGUCAUAGAUCCGGUCAUUGUUGAAGAACUGGAGAAUGAAAAGUCGACCCUGCUCAAAGAGCUGGAAGAGAAAAAGAAAGGUGAAAAUCCGCUCCGUGGUCAACCAUCGAGAGAACAUGGAAAAUAUGCUGUUGAAAUUGCAGUAUUGAUGUCGCGGAAGAUGAUGCCCCCUCCUCUGCCAAAAGAUCGCCUACGUCAACCAUCUCCCAUAUACAGUAAUCCCUAUACUGUCACACCAACAAGGAAUCCAAUGGCAGG